UAUCAAAUAUUUUUGUUGAAGAAAACUCCAUUUACAGGCCACAAAGAACAAUCAAGUGACAGACUCUCUGGUUUUAAGAUUUUAAGAUGGCUCACCCUCUGCAACGUAUAUGGAGCCAGGGUCGCUCCGUGCGCACCGCUCUCUGCCCUCUCUCUAGACCAUUCUCUGCAGACGCAUUGGUUGAGGUCAAGACAGGCGAGAUCGGCAUGGUCUCUGGAAUUCCCGAAGAACAUCUCCGUAGAAGGGUUGUAAUUUACUCACCAGCUAGAACUGCUACUCAGCAAGGAUAUGGAAAAGUUGGGAGGUGGAAAAUCAAUUUUAUGUCCACUCAAAAGUGGGAAAAUCCUUUGAUGGGUUGGACAUCCACAGGAGACCCAUAUGCUAAUGUAGGUGAUGCUGGAUUGAGUUUUGAUAGUGAAGAAGCUGCAAAGGCAUUUGCUGAGAGACACGGUUGGGAGUAUGUGGUCAGGAAGCGCCAUACACCAUUGCUGAAGGUGAAGGCAUAUGCAGACAACUUCAAGUGGAAGGGUCUUCCAAAAUCCGAUGAAAACUGAUAGUAACGUCUCACAUUUCUUGCAUCAUAAGAUAAGUCAUGCGACUGAGGAUUGUGAUUUUCUUUUAUUGCACAUUUUCUGCAAAUGGCAACAAUGUAGUAUUUCCAGUCAUAUCCCGAACGAAUUCUUUGAUUAUAAUAAAAUGAGACUGAUGGGUUGUACCCUUUUGUUCUUUUA